AAGUACGAUACACAGUACAACCAGCCAAAGAAAAAGGGUAGAUAGGCCGAGAAAAUGAUUUCACCGAAGUACGUUAAAGGUGCACUGCUGGUAGCAUUGGUUGCGCUGCUCACGGUGAACGCAGUGCCCGCAACGCCAGUCGAUGGUGAUGCGCCCAAAAUCGAUACGAGCAUUACGCCGGCAGUUACGACACAAGACCUCCCAACGACCACACAGGCUCCUCCGGAUGACAAAAAUACAACAACCCCAAGCACCACCACUCCUUCAACUACCACGGAAACAACAUCUUCCACCACCUCCACCACUCCAGAGACGACUUCUUCUACCAGCACGACCCCUUCUACUACAACUAGCUCCACUACCACCAGUACCUCCACCACAGCUAAGCCCACUACACCAACCACCCCCACGCCCACCCCAACGACGACGUCAACGGAAACUCCUACCACACCGGCACCACCAACUCCGGCGCCCCAUUGUAAUCGCUUUGACGCUUACUCCUUCGUCGGCGGUAUGAUCCUGGCCUACGGAUCGCUGGCCAUCUCUCUAGUACUGUACAAAUUCUACAAAACGCACUCGAACCAGGCAAACCUCAACAGUGGAUCCAACUAUCGUACGCUGUAAAA